UUCCCAAUAUGGUUAUCAUGGAAAGAUAGAAAACUGUUACAAGCUCCGGUUACCGAAACCAAGUUCGAUCUCGUUGUUGCCAAGGACGGCACUGGUAACUUCACCAACAUCACCGCCGCUGUAGCUGCCGCUCCGUACAACAGUGACACACAAUAUUUGUGAUCUAGAAAAAAGCCGGGGCUUAUUUUGAAAAUGUGGAAGUGGAAAGGAAGAAGACAAUGCUUAUGCUCGUGGGAGAUGGGAUCGGGAAGACAGUGGUGAAGGCCAGCAGGAACGUGGUUGAUGGAUUCACAACUUUCAGCCCUGCCACAGUCGCUGUGGUGGGAGUCGGUUUCAUAGCCAAAGGGAUAACCAUUGAGAACUCAGCAGGACCGAGCAAACACCAAGCCGUGGCAUUAAGGACUGGCUCCGACUUUUCUGCAUUUUAUAAAUGCAGCUUCGUCGGCUACCAAGACAUUCUCUACGUCCAUUCCUUUUGGCAAUUCUAUCGCGAAUGCGAAGUGUACGGCACCAUCGACUUCAUCUUUGGAAACGCGGCCGCGGUUUUCCAAAGCUGCAAUUUGUAUGCUCGUAACAUUUUCGCAGCACAAGGAAGGGAAGACCCUAACCAAAACACCGGCAUUUCGAUUUUGAACAGUAAGAUUGCCUCCGCCGCGGAUUUGAUACCGGUGAAAUCAUCGUUCAAGACGUAUUUGGGGCGACCCUGGAAAGAGUAUUCUAGGACUGUUAUUAUGCGUUCGUACAUUGAUGACUCGGUCGAUCCUGCCGAAUGGUUAGAAUGGAAUGGGACGUUUGGUUUGAGUACACUUUAUUAUGGGGAGUAUUUGAACAGAGGGCCAGGGUCGAAUACGAUUGCAAGGGUAAAUUGGCCUGGUUAUAGGGUCAUCAAUAAUGCCACUGAGGCGAGUCAGUUCACUGCUGGGGCGUAUAUACAAGGAAAUGAUUGGCUAAAUUCUACUGAUAUUCCAUUCUCUCUCGGUUUGUAAAUCAUUGGCAGUUCAUUUAAAGACCUGCU